AUGUUGACUAAUUUGCAGAUCAUCUCGAGAAGACAAAGAGUCCUCAUAGACUUGUUAUGUAGUUGUGAAAGCAAAACUGAAUUAUAUGUUAGUACAGCUGGACCAUAUUUCUCUCAAUUUGCAGACCUUACAAAUGAAGAAUUCACAGCCUCCAGAAAUCGGUUCAAAGGGCAUGAGUGUUCCACAAAGACCACUACUUUCAGGUAUGAAAAUGCUAGUGUGCCGGCCACAAUGGACUGGAGACAGAAAGGAGCUGUAACUCCCGUCAAGGACCAAGGCCAAUGUGGGUCCUGUUGGGCGUUCUCAGCCGUGGCAGCCAUGGAAGGAAUUACUCAACUUACAACUGGUAAAUUGAUUUCUUUGUCUGAGCAAGAGCUAGUUGACCGUGAUGUCAAUGGUGAAGCCCAAGACUGUUGGGGUGGCUUAAUGGAUGAUGACUUUCGAUUCAUCGAUGAAAACCAUGGACUUAGCACCGAGGCUAAUUAUCCCUACACCGGUGUUGAGGCUACAUGCAAUGCCAAGAAGGAAGUAAGCCAUGCAGCCUCGAUAACUGGCCACGAAGAUGUGCCUGCAAACAGUGAAAGCGCACUUCUUAAGGCUGUUGCCAGUCAACCUAUUUCUGUUUAUAUUGAUGCUAGUGGAUCUGAUUUCCAAUUCUAUUCAAGUGGUGUUUUCACAGGAACCUGUGGAACGAGCCUAGACCAUGGUGUUACUGCUGUUGGUUAUGGCAUCAGCGAUGAUGGGACUAAGUAUUGGUUGGUUAAGAACUCAUGGGGCGCAGAAUGGGGAGAAGAAGGUUACAUACGAAUGCAAAGAGAUGUUGCUUCACAGGAAGGUCUCUGUGGUAUUGCUAUGGAAGCCUCUUACCCCACUGCAUGA